UAAGCGCAUUUCACAACGGGGUGGACAUUUAGUAGGCUAACAAAAACAUUGUUAAAAAUAACUCAUUGCGAUGUCAGCAUAUUUUAUUGAUAUAUCUGUGAAGGUUUCGCCUCGAACGACUUAAACUUAUUGAAGGAAAUCUGACGGCCUCUUUAACAAGAUGGUGUUGAUGGCCGAGUCGAGUUUAGCCGUAAAGCUUAUUUAUUUCCUUUCCUUAUUUGUGGUAACAGGGUUUUUUACUUUCUGUAUAUUAACUCUGUGUAAACAUCAACGUUGUUUACUCUUGUUUCAUCACUACAAAAAGUUGAUUUCUUUUUAUUGGAAUGCGAAGAAAUGGAGAAAAACGAUCGACAAAUUUGUCGGUAAAGAAGAAAGCAUUGAAACUUUUAAAUCGUAUAUCGUAGGAAAUCUUGGAUCUGGUGUGGAUGAAAAAACCUUGAUAAAAACUUUACUGCCAUUAUAUAGACAACAAAAAGCAGAAUCAGAUGUCGUCAUUAGUAUAACUUUGGAUCCAAAGAACACUUCUCUGAGAAAGGCACUUGUACAGGUCCCUUUCCACUGUACAAAAGCUUGCAACCUACUAGCAUAUAAUAAUGUAGUUUUAAAUGACAGAAAAAUUUCAGUAAGUGAGAUAAAGAAAAGAAAACAUUUACUACGGAAAGAUUUUAAAUUGGUCAGUCCAGAACCAAGUGUUGUGUCUGUUGGAGAAAGAGAUUCGGAUAAUGGAGCCUGGAAAAUGAACACAUUCUCAGAGUACCAACUUAUUGAUGGAGGCAAUCGUAUCAUAGACAUAGAUAGAAGACUUUUAUCAGGAAUCCUUGCGAAUUCAGAUGAAUCAGGAAUCUGUGCUAUGGUGCUUACUUGUUCCAAUUUUAAGCAGAUUAAACAGGCUGUAAAAUUGUGUGAACAGUACCCGGGAUACAUGUAUUUCACGGCAGGUGUUCACCCUUCUGAAGUUAAGCAAUGGAAUGAUGACAGUCUGGAUGUGCUGGAAAAAUAUGCUGAACAUCCACAAUGUGUUGCAAUUGGCGAGUGUGGCCUUCAGGACUCUAACACUGACACAAACAAACAAGUGGAGAUAUUCAGGCACCAGAUUGAGCUGGCAUGUAAACUUAAAAAACCCUUGUGGUUUUGUUCGCUGGGAGCUGAUGACAAACUAAUUCCUAUCUUACAUGAAUACAAAGAUAAACUGACAGGGAUGUGUGUUGGAGAGUAUAUACCAUCAAAGGUGAAGAAGUACCCACACAGAAUACCAAGAUUUUGGGAACUAAUUCAGAUGGGAAGCUUUGUCUCAGUCUCAUGGUUUUCCAAAGAAGGGGGUGGCUAUGACAAGACUUGGUUCAGAUUCUGGUUACAGAAAGGUUACAUUUCUCCAUACCAGAUUAUAUUUACUAGUAAUGCUCCAUCUACUGGUGUGCCAAACACAGACUAUGAGGGUUUAUGUAGUACUCUGUCCCGUAGCGUUCUGACGUAUCUCCAAGAGAGUACGAUGGACAAUUAUUAUAAUAACUCUUCGGAAGUCAUGGAUGGGGAGCCCAGCUGUUUGCCUGCCUUGCUGGAGAUCAUCUCCUCCUUCCUGGACUGCCCACCAAAAAAACUGGCUUCAAUCACCACCAGCAACGCUCAAAAGUUUUUCAACUUUAAAUGAACUCUACCUGCUUUGUUGAAAUUUUGUCUAUCCAUGAAUGAGAUUGUAAAUGCUAGCGAUUGGAAUCUGUUUACUUUAAGAAUUGAUUAUCAAUCUAUCUGUCUCACAGUCUGUCAACUUUGAUUUCCACAUGCAAUAAUUCUGUUCGUUUUGGUUGAUUGUUGUUUGUUGUACAGUUGUGUGGAGGAGGGGAUGCAUGGGAUUUUCAUUUCACAAAGAUUUUCAUUUUGGUAAAAAUUUAUCAUGUAUUGGGCAACAGAUUAGUAUCCAUAGGAACACUACCUUGGAGUUACUGCCCUUGAUACUGUAUUAGAUAUAUAUGAACCGUGGGUUGGAAAUUCGUGCCUUUUGUAAGUACCUACAGUAUAUAGGUGGAAUAAUGAAUAGUUUAUAAUAAUAACAUGAUCACUCUAACACUUAACAAAUGUCAUAUAGUGAAUUGUUAGUUACCUCCCUUUAUAUUAUGUGUCUAAAAAUGUAGGGCGAACUUGAUUCUGACGUGCUGGCGGAAAGGGGAAAAAAUUACUUGAUUGUGUCCAGAAUAUGUGCGCGCAAUUUCGGCAUGUUCCGAUUGGCGUAAAUUCCUGCCAGUUUGGAAUCACCGGCACAAAUCAAGUGAGAAGUUAAAGAAUUUCAACUUGUUUUGGGCCUGUCAGGCUAUUUUAGUCAUAUAUAUUGCAAAAUAAGUUGAUUUUGAAUGUUCUGCAGCGUUCGAUGUUUACAAUGCUUUUGAAAUAUGUUUAUUCAUAUAUAAAUACAUAAAAUAAAUAUAUUUUGGUCUAUGUCGGCCAUAAUGCAACUGAGCCGCUUUGCUUGAAUGUAGGUGCUGGCGGCAAGCUCAAAACUGGCAAACGAAACAAAAGGCAAGACAGAAUCAAAUUCGCUUUUCAGGUUUCUAUUGUAAAAUCUACAUUGUCUAUAUUUCCUGGAACAUGUGCCAAAACAGCAGUUUGUUAUUUCAGGUGUUAUCAAAAUAAACAUUCAAAAUAACUUUAUGACACUUCAUAUGAUCCUCAAUUUUUGUGUUUAUUCUAGACAGUGUUUUUCUGUUUAUUUUAACGGGGGCGUGGUGGCCGAGUGGCACUUGAUCACCUCCACCUCUGGGUUGCAAGUGUGAAACCCACGUAGGACAGUUGUCAGGUACUGACCGUAGGCCGGUGAUUUUUCUCUGGGUACUCGGCUUUCUUCAACCACCAAAACCUGGCAGGUCCUUAAAUGACCCUGAUUGUUAAUAGGAUGUUAAACAAAAUAAACCAUUGUGUUAACAGUUAAUACUUAACAGUU